CCCUCCGGCUGGGGGCGGCCGGGUCGGCACUCGCCGGGAUCCCAUUCCUCCUCCCUCGGUGCAUGGUCGCGGCGGGAGCGGAGGAGGGUGAGCCCGGCGGGGCGCGGGCCGGAGGCGGCGGCGGGAGCGGAGCCUCAGCGCGGAGGAGCCGCCUCUGCCCGGCAGCGGGAGCUCAGACUCCAAGCAAGGCAAUUUUCCAUAAAAACACCACCUAAUGGAUUAUGCAGACAAUCAGGUAUUGCCAGGCAUCUGAAGUGGUUGAGUAAGACCUAAAGAUUUGGAACAGUGGUGUAUGAUGUCAAACAGUGGGCAGUCCUUGUAGCCUCCCCCACCAGCCUGCAGUGUCAUGUGCCAGUAUGAAUGUUAAGAAAGAAACGCAUACUUCAGACCUCAGCAUCCCAGAAAGAAAAACGAGGAACUGAACAGAGAGAGCAAAUGAUUGCACCGCUUACAAAACUUGAGUCUGUUCACUUUUUCUCCUGAGAAGCUUCAUCUUGACCUUUGUGAGAGAGCUGAGAAAGUAGGCAGAGCAGCCACAGUGAUUUUCUUAGGGUCCUUUUCCUUUUUUAAUUUAAUUUUUUCUCCCUUGUGUCUGGAUUUUAAGUGUGCUGCACUGAUCACAAGCACUGGACAUCAAUAUGUGUCAUGUCAUUGUAACGUGUCGGUCGAUGCUAUGGACUCUGCUGAGUAUCGUGGUGGCUUUUGCAGAGCUCAUUGCCUUCAUGAGUGCAGACUGGCUGAUUGGCAAAGCAAAGCCUUCAAGCUCCGACGAGGUGGACAACAGAACAGGGGGACCUCAGGAGCCCUACCGUCCAACGCUGGGCAUCUACGGGCGCUGCACCAGGAUCUCCCACAUGCAGUUCUCUCGACGAGACACGCUUUGUGGUCCUUAUGCUGAAAACUUCAGUGAGAUUGCCAGUGGGUUCUGGCAGGCAACCGCUAUUUUCCUAGCCAUGGGAAUCAUGAUUCUCUGCACCGUGGCAUUUGUGUCUGUCUUUACUAUGUGUGUGCAGAGUAUAAUGAAGAAAAGCAUUUUUAAUGUCUGUGGGCUGCUACAAGGGAUUGCAGGGCUCUUCCUUAUCUUAGGCUUGAUACUUUACCCUGCAGGUUGGGGAUGCCAGAAGGCGAUAAGCUAUUGUGGACCUUAUGCUUCUGCUUACAAACUAGGAGACUGCUCCUUGGGCUGGGCUUUCUACACAGCUAUCGGCGGCACUGUUCUGACAUUCAUCUGUGCGGUCUUCUCGGCGCAAGCUGAAAUAGCCACAUCCAGUGACAAAGUGCAAGAAGAAAUAGAAGAAGGAAAAAACCUUAUCUGCCUCCUUUAACUCCAGUGGAGAAAAAUACCAGCACCUGGAUCGUUAUCUGCUUUCCAUUGACUGGGCAAGCAGAUCCAUUUACCUGUUUUUACCAUUUGUGUGAUUGAGCCCCAUGCAUUCCAGCCCUGAACUACUGAAAGGGUCUUUCUUCUUUGCUGGGCAAUGAGGAUCAGAGAAAGGAUCCCGAGAAAGCAGAAUGUAAAUACUUGGGGAUAUUUUUAGUUUCAUUCUGUUAUCAGAAAACAGUGGAGUAUAUUAAUCCAACUGGGGAUGUGAGUAAUCACAUGUAUAUAGCAGGAAUGUUGUUAAAACUGAAAAAUUCUGAUUGAUUGGAUUGCCUAGCCCACCUUGGUCACUCUGAAGAGUUUGGGUUUAAAAUAAUACAAGCCAGCACAUUUCUUUCUUUUUAAGCAAAAGAGAAGCCUAUUUUAAUGAGGCUUUGUUUCAAAGGGCUCCCCUCACUGGUGAAUAUUUCUUCACCAUCACCUGGUUUGGUACCAUUUUCAUGGAGGUGCUUUCUGGUACUGAACUUCCUUGAAGUACAGUGCCUUCUUGGAUAUUAACUCUAUGUUGGAGACAGCAAAGCUGACAUUUACACCAAUCUUAAGGCAUUUAGAAACUCAAGUCCUUGACAGAUUUCUCUCUCUUGAAACUCAAAGGUGUGGCAACUUAUUACUUAGCAGGUAAAUAUUUUUUCCACUGACUAGACAGAGAAGUUGUUGUUAGACUGGCUUUCCUGAUUCAGAUAAAACUGAAAUAUUUCUACAGACUUUAGUAAAGUUUCUGAAAUCUCAAGCAGAUAACAGCUCCCCACAGCACCAGCCUUAUCUGGGCUGCAGCCUCUACUACAACUGUGGAUUCCACAUUGUACUUUUUCUCUCGUCAGUGAAAUGUCAUUCCCAGUCUACAGAUCAGUCUGUAUCAUGACCCAGAUGCACACGAGUCUUUAGGAAAUUUAAAUUUUUCAGGAAGUCUUUACAAAUUCUAUGUGGCUGGGAAGAUUUCUUUUCCUUUUUUUUUUUUUUUUUUUGUGUGUGUGUAGUAGCAGAGCUUUUUCCAACUACAUCGGCAGUAAUUAAACAGGCCUUGCCACAAAUGCCAUUUUUUUCUCAAAGCCAGCUCGUUUUGUUAUUUGUGGUGUUGCCUCACUUACUAGAACUACUUCUGAUUCCAAGUUUGUAAGGUAUUUUAACAAACAAAAGAAUGAUGCAACUGUGCCAUAGGAGCAUUGGGGAUAACUGAUUUGAAUAGUUCUAAUUAAAUACUAGGUGAAUUUUAGAUUCCUUUUCUUACUUCUUGAUAGUUUAACAUCAUCUAGUGACAGUGUUGCUUCACUAUUACACAGAGCAGAGAUUCUUGGUUUUGCCUGGUCAGUCCCUUAAAAUGUGCCAUUAGUUAUUAAAAAGCUGUUGUUACUGUCCAGGUAGGUAGCUGCUUUCACGGCACUGCUGACGUGCCUCACAGGACAGGAGCUGUUCAGCAGCCCCGGCGCAGCUGGAGGAUCAGCGAACAGUCACGGGGCUGGGCUCCCCUUCCUGCCCCUGCUGCCCACCAGCCACAGGGCAGCUCCAGCCCGUGCCUCUGUGCCUGUGGCACCUGCAGCCUGUGCGCUGCACAGACACACAGGUGACCUCUGAGACGCAGUGCAGCAAGGCCAACUUCUGACUGUGUUCAAAAAGGGAUUGUUUUAACCUGGCCUCUUCUUGCAUUCACCUGCUCCUUCAACCCACAUCCACCACCUUCUACUUCAAAGCAGGUGUGAGUUUGUGGGUCCCAAGUUGGGCAACUCCCUGGGGGCUCCCCUGGCGGGGGAGACCCUCCUGGAGCAGUUCUGUGUCAGGAACAAGAGACACAUUGGACUUUCUUGGUCUUUAGCUUCUGUUUAUUGUUAUCAAAACUUCAGCACACUGUCUGUGCCCAGACUUUGCAUGUGUGCAAACAGCACAAAAAUGGCCAACAACCUCAUGCUGCAAGGUCUUUUUAAGUCUAAUCAAAAACUAAAUUACCCAAUUAAGAAGAAACACCUAAAUUAUUUU